AUGGCUAGAGUUUUGGCUCAGUCACUUAGUGUUCCUGGCCUAGUGGCUGGGCACAAGCAGAGUCAACAUAAGGGAUCGGGAAAGUCUAAGCGAUCAGUCAAGAUGAUGUGUGCUUUGCAAACAAGCGGAUCAAGAAUGUCAGGUUUCUCGGGACUUUGUAAUUUCAAUACUAUGCUGAGACCUGGACUAGAUUUUCGCUCCAAGGUAUCAUUGGCAACUUCUUCACGGAGGGCGAGGGCUAAGAGAUUCAUACCUAGAGCCAUGUUUGAGCGUUUCACGGAGAAAGCAAUCAAAGUGAUAAUGUUGGCUCAGGAGGAAGCCAGACGUCUUGGUCAUAAUUUUGUUGGAACAGAGCAGAUUCUUUUGGGGCUUAUUGGUGAAGGAACUGGUAUCGCUGCCAAGGUUUUGAAGUCUAUGGGAAUCAACCUUAAAGAUGCACGUGUUGAAGUGGAGAAGAUAAUUGGAAGGGGUAGUGGAUUUGUUGCUGUCGAGAUUCCAUUUACUCCUCGUGCAAAGCGUGUAUUGGAACUUUCACUGGAGGAAGCUCGCCAACUUGGUCACAAUUAUAUUGGAUCAGAGCACUUGCUUCUGGGUCUUCUUCGAGAGGGUGAGGGUGUAGCAGCACGUGUUCUUGAAAACCUGGGCGCUGAUCCUACUAAUAUUCGCACACAGGUUAUUCGCAUGGUGGGUGAGAGUGCUGACAGUGUUACUGCUACUGUUGGCUCAGGAAGUAGUAACAAUAAAAUGCCAACUUUGGAGGAGUAUGGAACCAAUUUGACCAAGCUAGCAGAAGAGGGAAAGUUGGAUCCUGUUGUGGGAAGGCAGCCACAAAUUGAACGUGUCACCCAAAUUUUAGGCCGCCGCACCAAAAAUAAUCCUUGUCUUAUUGGAGAGCCCGGUGUUGGGAAGACAGCAAUUGCUGAAGGUCUUGCUCAGCGGAUCGCUAAUGGUGAUGUACCUGAAACAAUCGAAGGAAAAAAGGUCAUAACCCUCGACAUGGGUCUGCUUGUAGCUGGAACCAAAUACCGUGUGCACACUCUAAUUGGAGCAGGAGCAGCUGAAGGUGCUAUUGAUGCUGCUAACAUACUAAAGCCAGCUCUUGCAAGAGGUGAACUACAGUGUAUUGGAGCCACAACAUUGGAUGAAUACAGGAAGCACAUUGAAAAAGACCCAGCUUUGGAGAGACGAUUCCAGCCAGUUAAAGUACCAGAACCAACUGUAGAUGAAACCAUACAAAUACUGAAAGGACUUAGAGAACGUUAUGAGAUUCACCACAAGCUCCGCUAUACUGAUGAGGCUCUUGUAGCUGCUGCGCAACUUUCGUACCAGUAUAUCAGUGAUCGAUUUUUGCCUGACAAAGCUAUAGAUUUGAUUGAUGAAGCUGGUUCACGAGUCCGUCUUCAACAUGCACAGUUGCCAGAAGAGGCAAAAGAACUUGACAAGGAGGUAAGGAAGAUUGUUAAGGAGAAAGAGGAAUCUGUUCGCAAUCAAGACUUUGAAAAGGCUGGAGAACUGCGUGAUAAAGAAAUGGAUCUCAAGGCGCAGAUUUCAGCACUUGUAGAGAAAGGCAAGGAGAUGAGCAAAGCAGAGACUGAGACCGCAGAUGAAGGUCCUAUUGUGACUGAAGUUGACAUUCAACAUAUUGUGUCCUCCUGGACAGGCAUUCCUGUUGAUAAAGUCUCAGCAGAUGAAUCUGACCGUCUCCUCAAGAUGGAAGAUACUUUGCACAAGCGAAUCAUUGGUCAGGAUGAAGCAGUGAAAGCCAUUUGUCGGGCUAUCCGUCGAGCCCGAGUUGGAUUGAAGAACCCUAAUCGUCCAAUUGCCAGCUUCAUCUUUUCUGGUCCAACUGGUGUGGGGAAGUCUGAAUUGGCCAAAGCAUUGGCUGCAUACUACUUUGGCUCUGAAGAAGCCAUGAUUCGUCUUGACAUGAGUGAAUUUAUGGAAAGGCACACCGUCUCCAAACUUAUUGGUUCACCUCCAGGAUAUGUUGGUUACACCGAAGGCGGUCAAUUGACUGAAGCAGUUCGGCGUCGUCCUUACACUGUUGUACUCUUUGAUGAGAUUGAGAAAGCCCAUCCUGAUGUAUUCAACAUGAUGCUUCAAAUCCUUGAAGAUGGAAGACUAACAGACAGCAAGGGCAGAACUGUGGAUUUCAAGAACACACUUCUCAUAAUGACAUCAAAUGUUGGAAGCAGUGUGAUUGAGAAAGGAGGCCGCCGAAUUGGAUUUGAUUUGGAUUACGAUGAGAAAGAUAGUAGUUAUAAUAGAAUCAAGAGCUUGGUAACUGAGGAGCUAAAACAAUACUUCAGGCCAGAGUUUUUGAAUAGGUUGGAUGAAAUGAUUGUUUUCAGACAACUCACAAAAUUGGAAGUGAAGGAGAUAGCAGACAUAAUGCUCAAGGAGGUGUUUCAGAGACUGAAGGUCAAAGAAAUUGAACUUCAAGUAACAGAAAGAUUUAGGGACAGGGUGGUUGAUGAAGGCUAUAAUCCUAGUUACGGAGCUAGGCCUCUAAGAAGAGCCAUCAUGCGACUUUUGGAGGAUAGCAUGGCUGAGAAGAUGCUUGCUAGAGAGAUCAAAGAGGGUGAUUCUGUCAUAGUGGAUGUUGAUUCUGAUGGUAAUGUGAUUGUUCUCAACGGUAGCAGCGGUACUCCAGAGUCGUUACCAGAGGCUCUUUCUAUAUAA